GCCCGGACGCGCACAAGACGACGAUGAGCACCUCCCUCGCCGCGCUGCAGGACCGCCUCCAGACUGCAUCGACGGACUUCCAGAAGAUCCAGAAUGACUUGACCACCGCCGUAGAUGCGCGCCAGCGGCUCGAGGCCCAGCAAUCCGAGAAUGAGCUCGUCAAGAAGGAGUUCUCCACUCUCACUGAAAAGAACACAGUGUACAAGCUUGUUGGCCCCGUGCUUGUCCAGCAGGACCAGGCGGACGCGAGGGCGAACGUUGAGAAGCGACUGGAGUUCAUCCAAAGUGAAUUCAAGCGGAUAGAAGGCCAGAUAAAGGACUACGAAGAGAAGGCGGAGAAAAAGAAACAUGAGGUGACAUCCUUUCUCUGCGCGCAGAUCCUUGUCUGUCGCUCAACCUGAUAUGCAGCUCGUGGAGAUCCAGGGUGCA